AGAUAUCAUAUCACAUCACAUGAGGCGUUACUGAGUCCGACUACACUAGUUUAUUUGCACGUUGUGACCGGUUGUGAUAUUGUAAAAACACCCUUUCCCUCUAAAAAAAGAUUCAUUUGGACGCAAUGGCGCUGCUCAGAGGACUGACUUUGUUAAAUAGAGUUUCUCCAAACAAGUGCUUCAUACCAGCACGACUGUUUGGAAAUGGGACAAGCAGUUUAUACCAGAGCAAUCCUCCUCAAGCGAGAUUCUUCCCACCUUCUGAAGGUGUUAUGCUUCUCCCAGGAACUUACAAAAACAAAGUGGCCUUCAUCACUGGAGGAGGAACAGGACUUGGAAAAGCCAUGACCACCACUCUGUCUUCACUGGGAGCAGAGUGCGUGAUAGCCAGCAGAAGUCUUGAAGUUUUGAAGAAAACAGCUGAUGAAAUCUCACAACAGACCGGAAACAAGGUCCAUGCCGUCCAGUGUAAUGUUAGGGACCCUGCUUCAGUGGAGGCUGCUGUUAACCAGCUUGUAAAUGAUGUCGGCCUGCCUGAUGUGGUGAUAAACAAUGCUGCUGGAAACUUCAUCUCUCCUUCAGAGAAGCUUUCCCCCAAUGCCUGGAGAACCAUCACUGACAUAGUGCUGAACGGCACCGCAUAUGUCACGCUAGACAUCGGGAAACGCCUCAUCAAAGCUGAGAAAGGUGAUUAUUAUUUUUAUAGAAAUGGAGCAAAGAUAACCGCUUCUGGCUGUAACCAGUAA